CCACGUCACGUGACACUAAAAGUUGUCUGUCGUUGGUCUGUGAUCACGUGAUGCGUCUGUGACUUGUUGUGUACGCGUGCCCAAAUUAUUUACCUAGCGGAUUCCAUGCCGAAUCAGAGUACAUUUGAGGUUAGCAUGUGAGUCGUGAACUACUAUUGUAAUAAAACCAAUUUGAAGACGAAAAAGGCCAUGGACGCUCAUGAUUUAUUCAAAAAACUCUCCGUCGGGGCAAAGUUCGAUACGAAACGUUUUCGACGCGAUGCAGAGAAGUUCAAGCUCGUCAAAACGUCAGCAACCGAGAAUGUAGUCCAGAUAAAGGAAGAGCCGAAAGAUGAAGACGAGCCACUGGGUGUUCCUGAAAAGAGAAAAUGGGUGGAGGACGAGGAUGGAGCUGGAAAUCUGACCCUUGUCGGAGAUAUUUCCGUUCCCAAAGAUGGGAGUAAACGGAAGCACAAGAAACAGAAGAAAGAACUUACAGUGGAAAAGCAGAAUCAGCUUGGCAAAGAAAAAAUCAAUCAACUGCGAAAUUCACAUCAUAUAUCUGUGAUUGGACGGCAUGUUCCUGCGCCGAUCGAAGAGUUUGACCAGCUGUCAUCGAGAUAUCAAGUUGCAAGCGAUUUGAUACAGAAUAUAAAAAACUGUCACUACAAAGAACCAACUCCAAUCCAAAUGCAAGCACUACCCAUUUUGAUAGAGGGUAGGCAAUUACUAGCCUGUGCUCCAACUGGGUCAGGUAAGACAGCGGCCUUCUUGGUGCCGAUAGUUAACCAGCUAAAAGGCCCACAGAAGAAGGGAUUCCGAGCUAUCAUAGUCAGUCCAACGAGAGAACUGGCCAAGCAAACUUAUCGCGAGUGCUUAAGGAUUGGCGAAGGGCGUGGAUUCAGAGUUCACAUCAUCAGUAAUAUCAAUCAGGCCAUGUCUAAAUACGGGCCAAAAAGUUCACAAAAAUUUGAUAUACUUAUCACCACACCAAACAGGCUUGUGUAUUUAUUGAAUCAAGACCCGCCGGCUAUUUCGCUGAAAAAUGUUGAAUGGCUGAUUGUUGACGAAGCAGAUAAAUUAUUUGAGGAAGGAAUAAGGGGGUUCAAAGAUCAGCUGGAUCAAAUUCAGAAAGCUUGUACCAACGAAAAUCUAUGUCGAGCUAUGUUCAGUGCUACCAAUACUCCUGCGGUGACAAAAUGGUGCCGGCAAAAUCUCAAGGGUCUCAUUACCAUCACUGUGGGGCAUAGAAAUUCUGCAACAAAUCUUGUCACUCAAGAACUAUUAUUUGUUGGAAGCGAGGGAGGAAAGCUUGUAGCAUUCAGAAACAUCAUUCAAAAAGGAAUGAUGCCGCCAGUCCUCGUAUUUGUGCAAAGUAAAGAGAGAGCUCAAGAACUGUUCAACGAACUUAUAUACGAUGGAAUUAACGUCGACGUUAUUCAUGCAGACAGAACCCAGACACAGCGGGACAACGUUGUGCGAUGUUUUCGCGAGGGUAAAAUCUGGGUUCUGAUAUGCACGGAGCUAAUGGGACGCGGUAUCGACUUCAAGGGUGUUAAUCUCGUCAUUAAUUACGACUUUCCCCCUUCAGCGAUAUCUUACAUACACCGAAUAGGGCGCACUGGUAGAGCGGGUCACAGGGGCAAGGCUAUAACAUUUUUUACUCAGGAUGAUACGAUAAACUUGAGAAGUAUUGCAACUGUAAUGCGUGACUCGGGAUGUGAAGUACCAGAUUAUAUGCUGAGCAUGAAAAAACACAACAAGAAAGAGAAACGCGAAUUGGAAAGGAGGGCACCUCAAAGGGACAAGAUAUCAACUAUUCCAACAUACGAAGACAUACGAAAAGAAAAACAGAGGAAGCGAUUGGAGCGGAGCAUUAAGGGAAAAGAAGGCCAGCGUAAACUGGUUGAAAACGGUGAUAAUCUCAAAGAAAACACUAUAAAUUCACAAUCACCAAUAUUGAACAACAAACUUAAAAAAGAAGGUAAAAAAUUCCCUGGUCAAUUAUUAGUCAAGAAGAAAAAGUUGUUACAUAAAAAGAAUGAGAAAAAGACAAACCAACUUCUUACAAACAAAACGAUAAAAAAAAGAGAUAAAAGAAAUGUGAGUUCAUAAAUUUAGAUAUCAAUAAUGCAACAAUAAAAAUGUGAAUAACAAGAUGCAUCAAAAAUUGAGUAUCAAAAAAAUCCCCUAAGUAAUUUUUCUUCUAUUAAUCAUCCAUCGAUUAUUCAAUAAGCUUAAUGCGUGCUCGAUGACACAACUAUAAAUAAAUACGUCAAUGUGAAGAUCCACUAACGUCUAGUGUUUCUUUGAUAUGUGUUUUUAUUUCAAUCAUCUUUCAAGGAUUGUGAAAAUAUUAACGGUAAAGUAAAUGAAAGGCUAGAUUUCCGACACAUCGUGAAAAACAUAAUAAAUAUUUAUUAAGAAAUACGGCAUCCAUACGACACAGAUCGAUUUUUGUACAAAAAGAUUUUCCUUAUUCGGUAUUUACAUAGACAUAGACAUAGACUUACAGAAAAGACAACAGUGAGUACAGACUAGAAGGUUAGCUUAUUUUUAAAAAAAAUUAUCAGUAAUCUGUGUAUAGCAGUUAAUUCGCUUACUUAAUUAAAUCUUCUGAUUCCCUAUAUUCAUGUAAGGCAAGAUCGUCUGAAAAUUUCGUCAAACCUUGUACAUAUAGUUGUGGCGUUACAGAAGCUGGUGAAAUUUUUAUUAUGUCA